GGGGUGACUUCACUACUCGUUGUGAAUUUAAAAAAACGCAAGUGGAUUUAGACGCAUUCUGACUGGAGGAAAGACAAGAAACUUCAACAAUUUGUUGACCUUGUUCAGGUAUAUUAAGCACGGUCAGACACUAUGGUAUAUUUAUAGCAUCUGUAGACGCGAAUACGAGACGUGAUUGAGCAGGUAUGAUUUGCAGUCAUUGUGUUUGUGGUGGGUAAAUCAACUCAACAAGUGUAAAAGGAGAAUGUAUUUCUGCUGCAGGAGAGACAACAACUACGAUCAGCUGGAUGAGCCGAAUUCUGAGGCGUCACCGCUUGUAAGGAAUGGUAACGGCUCCCUCGUAGAUGGCGUCAUAGCAUCCCGAAGGUCAGCCACAGAUGACCUCAACUUGUGGACUAAUCCCGAUGACGUCACGCAUAGCAUCUCAGAAGACGAUCAGCUGCUGUCCGAGAUGCUGGAUGAGAGACGCAAAGCGACCACCAGAGAGAGUGAGCUGAUGUGGCACCAGAAGGUUGAGGAAGUAAGAAAAGUGAGAAAGAAACUCCAAGACAGGUGGAAACGCGUCUUAAUGGAACUUGGUUUCGCUGAUGAACAAACCAACUUACUUGCAGUGAGUUCAGUCACCAAGACCGCCGCUCCUAACACCUCAGUCAAAGCGUAUCAUCUCCACGAUGUGCUGGUACGAGAGACUUCAAUAUUCGGCGAUGGACCCGUACAGAGACACAGAUACGCAGUCAUACUGGAUCGUCUUCGAGAUCUGGAUAUAACCGAUGACUUCCUUGAAGCAGCAAAAGAACUCUUUCCGAAGAAAAUCGAAAAACCGAAAAGGCACAAAAAAGCCCCAAUACGAGAAACUGAUGAAAGAACUGGUCAGUCCGAACCCACGAAAUUCACCGAAGAGACACCGAAGAGUCCCGAGAAUGGCUCGGCCAAUGGUUUAGACAGGGAGGCUUUGGAUACGAAGCAGGGAAACAGAGCUGAAAGUACCGUCUCCAAAUGAUUCUCUAUUAUUAUGUUUUUGUUUUGUUAGUUUGAUAACGAUACCUUGCCUUAUUUUAUCACAAGGAAUGAAAUUGACGCAGUGAAUAAUUUUGUGUUGACAGGACUCUGUGACGUAAUGGAUAUUUAUGGACAACUAUUAUUUGCUCUUGGUGUCCAGAAACUACUUUUUAGGGUGGUUAGGGUGGCAAUUUCUCAAAUUAAAGACACUUUAGAUUGAGUGCUUGAUAACAAUGUUUGUUAAAAUGUUAACAUUUUAUUUACAUAACAACAUAACUGUGAAGUGUAAAUGUUUCUCAAAAUGCUUUGUAAUUUUUGUAUACUAUCGAACGCUGCUGUAAAGUUCUAACUAACAAUUCUUAUUGUGCCAUUCAUAUUAAGAGUUACUACCGAACGUAAACCUUUCACGAGAGUCUUUGUUUUCAAAUAAAGCACGGAGAGAAAGGAAAACGGGAUCUGCAAACGCUAUCCAAGACGAAGAUGAAGAUGAAGUCGUUAUUUCCAAAACGAACCAAGUUAAUAACAACUGUGCUUCGAAAUUAUCAAAAGAGGGCGUUUCUCCCUCAUCAUUUUCCUUCAAACAGUGAUUAAAUACAUUUUUAGAAAUUUGA